GACGCGCGCCAUAACAAUGGCGCCAAGUCUCUUCUGCUGCUGCGGCAAACGCUCCGCCUCUUCCGCGCCCAAGGACGACGACGACAACGCCGCCGCGGAAGAAGACGAGGGGGAGGCGGCGAGGGAUGGGCCGGUGGUGGUGGAGCUCUUCUCGUCGCAGGGCUGCGCCACCUCACCGGAGGCCGAGCUGCUCUUCUCGCGGAUAGGGCGCGGGGAUUUCGACGUGGAGGUGCCCCCGCUCGUCCUGCUGGCUUUCCAUGUUGACUAUUGGGAUUAUACGGGGUGGAAGGACCCGUUUGGUUGUAGCCAAUGGACCGUCCGGCAAAAAGGCUAUGUGGAAUCGCUUCAGCUGGAUACCAUGUUCACGCCGUUGCUGGUGGUUCAGAGCCAGGCUCAGUGUGUUGGGAAUGACCAGGAUGCUGUCUUGACCUCCAUCAAGUCCGCCCCUAGGUUCCCACCCCUAUCGUUUCAGGCAAAGUUCGAAAAGCCAACACCAGAGACAUUGGAAGUGUCCCUGACAGGAACUCUAAGGAACAAGGUGGAUAGCAAUGGAGUCAACAUCAUGGUGGUUCUACUCGAGUGCGGUUUGGUGACACAGUGCGAGGAGGGAGAGAACAAAGGCAAAGUUCUGGCAAAUGACUAUGUGGUCAGGAGGCUUGAGAAGCUCUGUGAAGUUAAAGAUAUCUCUGGGAAGAAGACACUCUCAGAAACAGUCAAAUUCUCACUCUGGGAAAGCUUCAACAGUGGCAAAUGUGGCAUGGCUGUGUUCAUGGAAAAUGGGUGUCGUCAUAUUUUGGGUUCACAGAAAUUCCAGUUGCCAAAUGAUCUGUAAGAGUUAAUACUUGCAAUGGUCCUCCGAGUAUUAGGGUUUUACCAGUUUUGGUCUCUCGAGUUUAAAAUGACUUCAAAUGGUCCUCCAAGUUGUUAAAAACUUGGAAGAUCAUUGGAGGUCAUUUUAAACUCGAGGGACUACAACUGGAAAAACCCUAAUACUCAGAGGACCAUUGGAGGUAUUAACUCUGAUCUGUAAAUAUUCAUUUCUGUGAAUCAAACCUUGAGAGGAUGAUGAUGAAUUUGCAGCUACUAUGAAUGAACAGAAGGGGUUAGUAGUC